CAGCGAAACCGAACGAGAAGCAAACUGAAGAGAGCACGCAGAGAAGCAAAGAAGCCCCGACGGGUUUCCACAGUUUCUCCUCCCUUUCGUCUCUCCCCGCCGGACCGCAAUCCAAGAGCCUCCUGGUCCUCUCACGCGCUGUUCUCCUCGGCUGCGUCCGAUGGCCGGCGCCGCCUGCUCCUCCGUCUCUCUUUAGGUUCCGAGGCCGGCUCCCCGAAGGGAGGCGAUGACGAAGGCGAUGGCCAAGCGGAGGCGACGAGCUCUGUCGCUGCUGCUCCGGAGGCUGCUGACGUGCGCCAUAUGCGCCGUCGCUACGGUCGCUCUGUUGUCCGGACACGUGCGCGUGCUUCCCUCGCCCGGAGUCGCCGGCGCUCCGCAGUUCUUGAAGCAAUACCAGAGGCAGGGGAGUGAGCAGAGCUGGACAAAGGAACUCGUUCCACCUCAAUUUUCCAAAAAUCCGGGCUCUUCUCGCAAGAUGAACAGUGCUUCCUGGAGUUUGGAUUUUGACAAGCUCUGGAAGCCUCCGCCAAACCGUGAUUUCACGCCAUGUAUAGAUCCUAGCACAAAUUAUACAGUUCCUGCAGCAUCGCAAGGUUACCUUCUAGUUCAUACCAAUGGAGGACUUAAUCAGAUGCGAGCUGGGAUAUGUGACAUGGUUGCCGUAGCUCGUAUAAUAAAUGCUACUUUGGUGAUUCCCGAACUAGAUAAAGGUUCUUUUUGGCGAGAUUCUAGCAACUUUUCAGAUAUCUUUGAUGAAGAACAUUUUAUAAGCACUUUAGCUAAUGAUGUUAAAGUUGUAAAGAAGCUUCCCAAGGAAUUGGCUAAAACCACAAAGUUAGUGAAGGAAUUUAAAAGUUGGUCUGGCAUGGAUUACUAUCACAAUGAGAUAGCUGGCAUGUGGGAAUAUUAUGAGGUAAUACGGGCAUCAAAGUCAGAUUCUCGUCUUGCAAAUAAUAAUCUUCCAUCAGCCAUUCAAAAGCUACGGUGUCGCGCUUGUUAUGAAGCCCUUCGUUUUGCACCCCAUAUUGAAGCAAUGGGAAAGUUGCUGGUUGAGCGGAUGAGAUCUUAUGGUCCUUAUAUAGCUCUUCAUUUGCGGUAUGAGAAGGACAUGCUUGCCUUUAGUGGGUGUACACAUGGUUUAUCAGCAGCUGAAGCUAAAGAACUGCGGAUAAUUAGGCCCGGAACUUGUAGGGAGAACACUCUGCAUUGGAAAAUAAAGAACAUCAAUUCUACUGAGCAGAGAUCUAAAGGAUACUGCCCUCUAACUCCAAAGGAGGCUGCAAUUUUUCUCACAGCCCUCGGGUAUCCAUCCCAUACACCCAUAUACAUCGCUGCUGGAGAAAUAUAUGGAGGUGACUCUCAUAUGACUGAACUACAGUCCCGCUAUCCGAUGUUGAUGAGCAAGGAAAAACUAGCAUCAGUUGAGGAGCUGGAACCUUUUAUGAAUCAUGCAUCUCAAAUGGCAGCACUGGAUUACAUUGUAUCUGUGGAGAGUGAUGUUUUCAUUCCAUCCUACUCAGGAAAUAUGGCAAGGGCAGUCGGAGGUCACCGUCGCUUUUUGGGGCAUAGAAAGACAAUAUCACCUGACAGGAAAGCUCUUGUUCAUCUAUUUGACAAAGUUGAGAACGGGACUCUGAAAGAAGGAAGUAGGUUAUCAGAUCACAUUGCUGAACUCCACAAAAGACGGCAAGGGUCCCCACGGAAGAGGAAAGGCCCCAUCUCAGGAACAAAGGGCAUGGAUAGAUUUCGUUCGGAGGAGGCAUUCUACGAGAAUCCUUUGCCAGAUUGUUUAUGUCGGAGUGAAUUGCCUCAAGUGAAUGCAUCAGUUAGCAUCAGGUAGAUCAUGUGGAGCGGAAACUGCUCCCAAAAGAUACGACAUUUGUUGCGGGUUCCGGCACUUCAAGCUCUUGGAACUGCAGAGACUAGAUAGCGAUGCGGAACUUGUAAAUAGUGAGUUCUAGAAUUAGGUAGGAAGGGGGGGCCGUGCACAGAAAGCGAAAUGCGCUUGCAAUAAGCAAGCAAGGGAAGUUUGAUCACUAAAGAUGGGGCCUUGCGUUUUAUCAUCAAGGCAAAAUCUUUUGAGUAAAUGGCCGGCAUAGGGAGAUUGGUGGGAUGAAAUUCAUUUAGGGUGCAAUAAUUCUCUUAUUGCUGCCCUUCCGGAAUCCACAUUUCUCAUGCGCGGUUACUCCGCUGUUCUACUUCUCUAUGCGAGUCAUCAAGGUCGAAGGAAAUCAUGCCUGAACGUGUGUGCGAUGAUGAUUACUUGGAUGUUAGGCUACCUUGCGGAUCCAUUACUUC